CCGCGUCGGACCGUGGCUCGGAUUCGCCACUCGGGCGCUGUCCUCGCCGGGGGGUGCCCGGAUCACCGUCGCCCGGUCCAGCUAACUCCAGGCGGCGGCUCGGUCCCCCGGACCCCCCGCCGCGCCUCGCCUGUCCGCCGCCCCGGUCAAGCCCGAACAUGGCAGGGAACCUGAAGAAAGGCGGGGGGCUCAUCGGAAUGAUGAAGGACGCCUUCCAGCCACACCACCACCACCUCCACUCCCACCACCAGCCCGGGGCCGUGGACAAGAAGACGGUGGAGAAAUGCUGGAAGCUGAUGGACAAGGUGGUGCGCCUGUGCCAAAACCCCAAAUUGGCUCUGAAGAACAGCCCCCCCUACAUCCUCGAUCUGCUGCCAGACACCUACCAGCACCUGCGCACCAUCUUGUCACGCUACGAGGGCAAAAUGGAGACACUGGGGGACAACGAGUACUUCCGGGUCUUCAUGGAGAACCUGACAAAGAAAACCAAGCAGACCAUCAGCUUGUUCAAGGAGGGCAAAGAACGCAUGUAUGAGGAAAACUCUCAACCCAGGCGGAACCUCACAAAGCUGUCGUUGAUCUUCAGCCACAUGUUGGCUGAGCUGAAAGCCAUUUUCCCCAAUGGUCUGUUUCAAGGUGACAACUUCCGCAUCACCAAGGCAGACGCUGCAGAGUUCUGGAGGCGUGCCUUCUGCGAUAAGACCAUCGUGCCUUGGAAGGUCUUCCGUCAGUCUCUGCACGAGUUUCAUCCAAUCAGCUCCGGACUGGAGGCCAUGGCCCUAAAAUCCACUAUAGACCUCACCUGCAACGACUACAUCUCUGUUUUUGAGUUUGACAUCUUCACAAGGCUAUUUCAGCCUUGGUCGUCCCUGCUGCGAAACUGGAACAGCUUGGCAGUUACUCACCCGGGGUACAUGGCCUUCCUCACCUACGAUGAGGUCAAAGCACGGCUACAGAAGUUCAUUCACAAGCCUGGGAGUUACAUCUUCCGUCUGAGUUGUACCCGGCUGGGCCAGUGGGCGAUCGGUUAUGUGACUGCAGAUGGAAACAUACUGCAAACCAUUCCUCACAAUAAACCCCUCUUCCAAGCCCUCAUAGACGGCUUCAGGGAAGGAUUCUAUUUAUUCCCGGACGGCCGGACCCAAAACCCUGACCUGACAGGACUUUGUGAGCCUUCGCCUCAAGACCACAUCAAAGUCACACAGGAGCAAUAUGAGCUGUACUGUGAGAUGGGCUCCACUUUCCAGCUGUGUAAGAUCUGUGCCGAGAAUGACAAGGAUGUGAAGAUCGAGCCCUGCGGCCAUCUCAUGUGCACCUCUUGUCUCACUGCCUGGCAGGAAUCCGAAGGUCAGGGAACGGGAUGUCCCUUCUGUCGCUGUGAGAUUAAGGGUACAGAGCCCAUCGUCGUGGAUCCUUUUGACCCCAAGGACAACAGUGGUGGCUCCUGCAGGGGCACAUUUGGGGCUGAGGGUGCACCAUCACCCAGCUAUGACGAUGAUGAUGAUGACAGACUUGAAGACCCCCACCCGAUGAUGAGCAAACUGGCGUGUACAAAGGUGGAGCGGCCCCCGUCACCCAUGUCCAUGGCUCCUCAGUCCUCUCUUCCCCCUGUGCCGCCCAGACUAGACCUGCUACCACCACACAGACCUCCCAACCCCUCUGGUGCCUCCAGCCCUGGGGUCACCACUAAGGCAGCAUCUCACCACAAAGACAAGCCUCUUCCCCUCCCCCCAGCACUGAGGGAUCUCCCCCCUCCUCCUCCUCCAGACCGGCCCCACACAGCUGGGACAGCCCCCGAUGGACGGCUGCAGAGGCGUCCCUUACCCUGCACUCCCGGGGAGCCGCCUCGAGACAAGCACCCUCCCACACCUCCCAACCGGCUCCUGGCUGACUGGAACUCCAGGCCUGUUCCCAAGGCCCCCACCUCCUCUUCCUCGUCUUCCGCUUCCUCGUCCUCCCAAGUGUCCAGUCUGGGAGGGGACAUUCGAGCAGGUGUCAGGGAACUCUCCAACCGACACUCCCUCCCAUUGGCGCUGCCCUCCACUCUGGACACCCGCUCGGAUUCACAGAAGAACAACAGCUCCCUCAGUCUGGAUCACCAGCUGAAUUUUGCCGCAGUUGCUGCUCAAGAUUAUGACAACCCCAAAGUCAAGCCCUCGGCCUCGGCCAACGCCAUUUAUUCACUGGCAAGACCGUCUCAAGCCCUGAGGGCAGUGACAGGAGAGGAGGCACAUGACAGCGAAGAGGAGUCGGAGUACAUGAUCCCCUCCUCUCGCCCCGUCUUGCCCCCCAUCACGGCCCCAACUGUAGGAGAGAGCCCACCAGUCCUGAGGCCCCCACAACCUCAGCCUCUAUCAGCACUCCAGACACAGACCCAACCUUCCACACUCAACUCAAGGGUGGCACUGGCUGAACUAGAGGAUGGACCUCUUAUGUAUGAAGCCAUGUACAACAUCCAGGGCAGGUCACAACAAGCCAGAGAUUCAGAUUAUUCCGAGUUGCCCCCUCUGGCGAUGGCCAACAGUCCCGGAGACCACACAACUGAGGACAAGGAAGAGGAGGAAAAUGGCUAUGACUUCCCUAAACCCCGGCUGCCAAUGCCCCCUGCACGACGGACCCUUUCAGAACUGGGGGGGUCGUCGUCCUCCUCUUCAUCCUCCUCAUCAGGCUCAUCCUCCUUGGCUGCUUUCAGCCGCCUUUCUUUAGAUUCAGAUGCCGGAGCUGCUGCUCCCUUCUCCGAGCCGGUGGAAGCACCAGAGAGACCCCCGAAGCCUCUGCCCAGACGGAUAAACUCGGAGCGUCGACCCAGCCCCGUCCCGCCCAUCCCUGUCCCGACCAAUAGUGGGGCAACAGGAGGAGAAGCCAACCCUCAAAUCAAUUGCGAGAUAGAGCACCUCAUGAGUCAGGGAUACUCUUACCAGGACAUCCAGAAAGCACUGAUGAUUGCACAGAACAAUAUCGAAAUGGCCAAGAAUAUCCUCCGCGAGUUUGUCUCCAUUCCCUCCACCGCGCAUAUUCUUACAUAGCACACUCCCUGUGCCUCUCUCUCAUGUUUGCUCUCUCGCCCUAGCUUGGCCCAGCCUGGUUGGGUUUAGGUCGGCUCAGCCCAAAGCCUGUUGCCUUCAGUAUUCCCUCCGGUGCUGGCUGACGCCCCCUGUGGAUUUUAACUGGCUGUUACUCCAGUGAGCUCACGGCAUCCCUGGGACUCUGCGCCCUGCACUCCAUGCGCUUUCAACAGUGUCUGGCCUUCUUCAAGCCGUUACAGCUGGCCUCCUCCUUCUCAACAACAUUGACGUGGGACUGACUGAGCACAUGAGGAACAAUGGUGUGACGCCACAUGGUGCGAGACUUUCGUAAGGAACCCUGGGUCGACAGAUUCUGACCUUUCAUGCCGAAGCCUCUUGCUGAAAAUGUAACCAACACCUCACAAAUUAAACAAAAAAAAUGUAUGUCUAUAUGAAAAUUUAAUAUAUGAGUAAAUGUAUAUUAAAUGUGUAUAAUAUAUACAGUACGUGCAUAUACAGUAUGCGAAAAAUGAUUUCAGCUUUGAGGGUCGCCGCUGGUACAAGUGAUAUGGGUAGACGGGGACCAGAUUGAAGAGGGGGUUUGUUUCUCUGUCGGAUUAAGGGAUGUGAGAGUGGAGAAGUACAUAUGAGGAAUAGUGUGGUGGUGUCUUCCUCACCAGGAUGUGUUGGUCAGCAGCAGCUCGGAGACACGCAGCUGAAUUCAGUCUCUUAUGGCCUUUGAUAAACAACGUUGCUUUGGAACUUUUUGUGUUUUUAGAAAGUCAUCCUUGUUCUGUCGUGUUGUAUUUUUAAGUAGCAUGACGAUGGUUUCAGGUGUGUGUGUGUGUGUGUGUGUGUGUGUGUGUGUGUGUGUGUGUGUGUGUGUGUGUGUGUGUGUGUGUGUGUGUGUGUGUGUGUGUGUGUGUGUGUGUGUUUUCUCGCGCCAGACAGACAGGCUCCUCAUGACCCGCUCUUAAACAAACCCUGUUCCUGUACAUCAUGAAUGUGGAAUUGGAGUCUGUACAGUAUGUUCAGACUCGUGCUCUGUAAACGUACUACUGCCCUAACUGGUAUGGCAGGGCCUCGUGUAACUGUAGAGCCUGACGAUGAGAUUACAAGAGGAUGUGCUGACGUUGACAACCCUGCAGUACCAGACGGACUAGUGUUGUGAUCUGUGGCGACAGAUAUCUUUUCGUUCUGUAUUCGUCUGACGUCAUUGGCUGGCUAGUUCGGGUUUCUGUCUGCAGCUCAGUCCGAUGUUUUUGAAACAAAACAAAAAAAAAAGUCAUUGAUUUACUUUGGUAAUAUAUUAUUGUAAUAUGAUCAUAAAUAUUGUUAUUAUAAUUAAUUCAGAAGUGCUUCACUGCUGCUACUAUUGUUAGUGCUAAACAAUUAAGCCUUAAAUGUAAAUUUGUGAAUAUUGUGUUUAACCGUCGCCCUUGUUUCUUUAAAGUGACAGUAUCACCCAUGUUUCUCCAGUCCAUAAUGUAGCAUACUUGAAAGUACAAACUGCUUGUGAGCUUGCAGCCUUCUCAAGCUGUCAACUCUUUUAAAAUCUUUUUUUCUUCUUCUUCGGUAGACUCGGUAAAAACAGUAAUAAAGCAGACAAAAUGCUUUGACUCUGGAAACCAGCCAUCUUGCCAUAGAUUCAGGCUUAAAGAAAUUUUUUUUUUUUUAAAGUAGGCUCAUGGGUUUGCUGGCCCACCCCCAGGUCUACUUUGAAAUCAGUAUUUGGGCCAACUGUAAGAACUAACUCAGGAAUAAUGUUGAUCUAAACAAGUGGCGUUCACCCUGACUGUCAAAAACAACCGGAGGAGACCCAUUGGUGUAGACAGCAGCUCACCUGUCAGGUGACAUGUAGCCAAAAGAAUCCGCUCAAUGAAGACACAAGUAGCCUACUACUUUUUUUUUUGUUGUUCACAUUAUAACUUGCACAUAUUUCAUAUAGUUUCCAACAUUUGCAGGACAGCAGCUUCAUUUGCAGGUACUAUGAAUGAGUAAGGAAUUAACGCACAGAGCUUUUUAGGUACAUUGACUUGAACCUCUCCCAGCAAAUGAAGAAUGUUGGGUUUUGCUUUUUUAUUUUUGGGAGUGAGCAGACGACGCGUCACUGGCUAAUCAGCCCGCGCUUCUGGGUUGUACUGUGUGUGUUGACUGGAAGCUGUCUCCACGCUGUCAGCACGUCCGCUGGCUCUUUUUCUCUGUUCCUAGUUGCCUUGAGAAACUUCUUGAAUGAUGGGUAAUGAUAGGGGACGUUCCCAAUCCUCAAUACUGUACCAAUGUUUUGUUGAUGUUUUUCAGGACAGCGUUGUCAUGUAAUAUUUACCAAUUUUAUUUUUGUUUUGUUUUCAAACCGUAUACCAAUUUGUGCUUUGAUACUGUCACUCUAAAGAAAAGCAAAUUGUAUAAAGUCAGUGAUACGAAAAGAAGAAAAAAAUUGCUGUUUUUGUUUCAUUUUGCAUUCCUGUACAUGUAUUUUGUUCCAAAGGUUUUGUUUACUUCUGUGAAUAAUUCUGUGAGCAGUGCCAUAUGUUUCGAGAUCCUCACCGUGUUUAGAAUAAGGCCUUGUUCUUGAGGAGAGUGUGUAGGUCUCGAUUUGUACCCGUUGAUCUCUGAAGGCAGGAUUGUGCAGUAUUGCUUGUAUUAUUGUCCCCUCUGAAUCGUCAGCCGCAUCAGGCCUCACCUAAGAGAGCUGAGGUGCUGAUCUGUGAAGCCUCUGCCUCCCUCCUACCGUAAAACACAAAUCAAGUCCCAGAUCAGUUCUCCGCCUCAGUGAUGCUCGACGCCUACCAGCCCCCGUUGCCCACAAGUCCCCCUGCUGGGGGUACUUCAGCUUUCUGCCAGAAGAGGGAGGUGUCGCCCCGUGUAGCCGUGUCGCUUCUCAUCAGUAAAAGGCAUUCUUUAACUUUUUGAUGGUUUUUAAAGCUCAUAUCACUUUGGAAGUAUUCACAGUGCUGUUAAUAAAAAUGAUAAACAAACGCGU